CUACGGAGAGCUGAGGCCCCCUGAGGAUCCCCAGCUGAGGGGGUGCCCGGCGGUUUCCCGGCCCUCCUGCAGGCCCCACUCCAGGGUCUCAGAGCCCCUUUGGGGAGCUGGCUCUGUGUUCCCUCCAUCUGGCUGUUGACCGCGCCCUUGCAUAACUUUCGCAGGACAGCGGUGACCUGCGCGUGGACAGGAUUCCCGAGUCAGUGUUUUCCGCUGCAGAACCUGAGGCCAUGGCCAACCCCCAGGGCGCCAGGUACCGCGGCUCCAUCCGAGACUUCCCCAACUUCGAUGCGGGCCAGGACGCCGAGGCGCUGUACGCUGCCAUGAAGGGCUUCGGCAGCGACAAGGAGGCCAUCCUGGAGCUGAUCACCUCCCGCAGCAACCGGCAGAGGCAGGACAUCUGCCAGAGCUACAAGUCCCUCUACGGCAAGGACCUCAUCGCCGACCUCAAGUACGAGCUGACCGGCAAGUUUGAGAGACUGAUAGUGGGUCUGAUGCGGCCGCUGGCGUAUUGGGACGCCAAGGAGAUCAAGGAUGCCAUCUCGGGCGCGGGCACUGACGAGAAGUGCCUCAUCGAGAUCCUGGCCUCCCGGACCAACGAGCAGGUGCACCAGCUGGUGGCCGCCUACAAGGACGCCUACGAGCGGGACCUGGAGGCCGACGUCAUCGGCGACACCUCCGGGCACUUCCAGAAGAUGCUGGUGGUCCUGCUGCAGGGGACCAGGGAGGAGGACGACGUGGUCAGCGAGGACCUGGUGCAGCAGGAUGUCCGGGACCUGUAUGAGGCGGGUGAGCUGAAGUGGGGCACCGACGAGGCCCAGUUCAUCUACAUCCUGGGGAACCGCAGCAAGCAGCACCUGCGCCUGGUGUUUGAUGAGUACCUGAAGACCACGGGGAUGCCCAUCGAGGCCAGCAUCCGCAGGGAGCUGUCUGGGGACUUCGAGAAGCUCAUGCUGGCUGUGGUGAAGUGUAUCCGGAGCACCCCCGAGUACUUCGCCGAGAGGCUCUUCAAGGCCAUGAAGGGUCUGGGCACUCGGGACAACACCCUGAUCCGCAUCAUGGUCACCCGCAGCGAGCUGGACAUGCUGGACAUCCGGGAGAUCUUCCGGACCAAAUAUGAGAAGUCUCUCUACAGCAUGAUCAAGAAUGACACCUCCGGCGAGUACAAGAAGGCGCUGCUGAAGCUGUGUGGGGGCGAUGACGACGCCGCCGGCCAGUUCUUCCCUGAGGCUGCGCAGGUGGCCUACCAGAUGUGGGAACUUAGUGCAGUGGCCCGAAUAGAGCUGAAGGGGACCGUGCGCGCCGCCGAGGACUUCAACCCCGACGCAGACGCCAAGGCCUUGCGGAAAGCCAUGAAGGGGCUAGGCACUGACGAGGCCACCAUCAUCGACAUCGUCACGCACCGCAGCAACGCGCAGCGGCAGCAGAUCCGCCAGACCUUCAAGUCCCACUUCGGCCGGGACUUGAUGGCUGACCUGAAGUCCGAGAUCUCCGGGGACCUGGCCAGGCUGAUCCUGGGGCUCAUGAUGCCCCCGGCCCAUUACGACGCCAAGCAGCUGAAGAAGGCCAUGGAGGGCGCUGGCACAGAUGAACAGGCGCUCAUCGAAAUCCUGGCCACGCGCAGCAACGCCGAGAUCCAGGCCAUCAACGAGGCCUACAGGGAGGACUACCACACAAGCCUGGAGGACGCCCUGAGCUCCGACACGUCCGGCCACUUCCGGAGGAUCCUCAUCUCUCUGGCCACGGGCAACCGCGAGGAGGGAGGAGAAGACCGGGACCAGGCCCGAGAGGACGCCCAGGUGGCUGCUGAGAUCUUGGAAAUAGCGGACACGACCAGCGGGGACAAGAUGUCCCUGGAGACCCGCUUCAUGACCAUCCUGUGCACACGGAGCCACCAGCACCUGCGCAGGGUCUUCCAGGAAUUCGUCAAAAAGACCAACUACGAUGUGGAGCAUGUCAUCAGGAAGGAGAUGUCUGGGGACGUCAGGGAUGCCUUCGUGGCCAUCGUGCAGAGCGUCAGGAACAAGCCGCUCUUCUUUGCCGACAAGCUCUACAAGGCCAUGAAGGGCGCUGGCACGGAUGAGAAGACCCUCACCAGGAUCAUGGUCUCUCGGAGCGAGGUCGACCUGCUCAACAUCCGGCGGGAGUUUGUGGAGAAAUACGACAAGUCCCUGCGCCAGGCCAUCGAGGGCGACACCUCUGGGGACUUCCUGAAGGCCUUGCUGGCCAUCUGUGGCGGCGACGACUAGCCCACCAGCAGCCUCUCUGCCCGAGCCCAGCCACAGCCACGUCUGGCGCAGCAGCCUGGAGCCCCUGCUUGUCCUCACGGUGCUCUGGGGAAGGCGCCACCCCGUCGUCACCUCUGCUCACAUCCCAGCUGCGGGAGCACUGGCGAGGUCCCCGCCACCCACGUCCCGGCCCUCCUGGCUUCUGGCUCCCGCCCCGCCCUCCUGGCCCCCACUUAGGUCCUGUGAAAUGCACAACCACACUGAACCUCCAAAGCGAGUGACCGGGUGCUUUGU